UUGAAAUGGUAUAAAAUUAACGUGAACUAACUCAGCAUGUGCACUAGCAGUGGAUCACGGACACACAGAGUGCGAGGCCAGAGGUAUUCGGGCCUAGAAGCGUGCAAGAUCGAGAAAGAGAUAGAAAGCUUUGUGGAGAAUUUUAAAAAGAAAGAAUCUUCACUCGACCAGCCUCCUGUCCUCGAGUCUAGACCCCCGAGUCUCGAGUCAAGCUGCUCCUCUUUAUCAAGGUCAUCAAGGCCGUCCAGUUCAUUGUAUUCGUCAGAUUUCACGGACGACAGUCCGGAAAAAUCCGGUUCAGGUUACCUAAUGCCUGAAAUUGUGCGACGUUAUCGCUACUGUAGCACUACGACCACAAGUGAUUCUGAAGGGGGUGAGGAGGAUUUCCGUCGACUGCUCUUGGCGUACAAGGACAGUAAACGUCACACGGCUGGGUCGUCUGCAAAUAGCAGGCACAGUUCCCUUGCAAACAGCCAACAUGGUGACUCGGCUAGUACAAAUACAGAGGGUCCUGAUGGAUUUGUAGGAGAUGGUAUGGGUAUGGAAACAUGUCCGUACAGCGUCCUCGAUGUGGCCCAGCUGCUGCAGACCAAGUUUGCCUUCAUCUCAGGUGCAAAGGCGAAAAACGGAGCCCCUGUUUUGACGUUCCCGGAUCGACCCAACCUCCCGGAACCGAGUGAUGAGGAGUACAGAAAGGUCGUCACUUACCUAUGCAGCAUUCCCCCGAUGCAUGAGACCCAGAUGGGGUUUGUUCUGCUGGUGGAUCGACGUCACAGUGGCUGGAGCUCAGUGCGCACCACGCUCAUGAAAUUGUCUGGAUACUUCCCCUGCCACAUUCAAGUGGUGUUCCUGCUCCAACCCCACGGCUUCUUUCAGCGUGCAUUCUCUGACUACAGGUCAAAGUUCAAAGAGGACCUGGAGUACAAGGUGGUCUCCAUGGACACCCCAGAGGAUAUGUUUGACUGGGUGGACGCGGAGAUGGUGACCACAGACAUGGGCGGGCAAUUGGACUUUGAUGCUAACGAGUGGACACAAAACAGAUCUGCCGUAGAAAAAUUCAGUUGCAAUACGGAGAAGAUUGCUGUGAAUUUGACAAAUUUGAUACGAAAAAUGGAUAUAGCCUGCACACCAAAUGAUGUCCAGGGGACAGAAAAACAGAUCAAAGAGCACAUUGCCCAGAGAAACGAGCUUCUAGAGGACCUGGAGUCUUCCACCGGUCAUGGACAGACCCUGCUUGAAUGCAUCAAGGGGGACAACCCUAGAACUCCCAUGGUUCAACUUUCCCAUGUCCUAGAUGUGGAAAGACUGAUCAUCCAACUUGAGGAGACCAAGAGGAAGUUUGAGGAAUAUUGGGAGAGCCACUACAGAAAACUGCAACAGUCGCUACAGCUCCGAAUGUUUGAGGAGGAAUUUAAGGCAUUUCAGAUCAUGUUUGAGAGGGACCUGAGUCUGCUGGAGACUCAGAUGAAGGAGAUAGGAGAUAGUGUGAAGGCUGUGGAAGCCUUGAUAGCCGAGUUUGAUGUAUAUGAAGAGGAAAAAAAGCAAGAUAUUGAGAGAGGCGAAAAAAUGAGAGGGGACGGGGAACAGUACAUAAUGGACGACCACUAUGCAGUAGACAGCAUUCGCCCGAAAUGCAUCGAACUGCAGCGUAUGUGCGAACAGUAUCGACAGUUGCUACGACAACGACGCGAGAUUCUCAACAAAUCUCAAGAGCUUCAAGAAAGAAUCGAGAAGGCCAACAAAUGGUGCAUGGAUGGUGUUGACAUGUUGACCAACCUCAAGCUGCAGAGUUGCCAGGGUAACGAGGAGGUCACUAGGGCGGUCAAGGACAUUGAUGCAUUUGUUAUCUCUGCUAAGCAGCUUCAGCUCAACAACCCAAAAGAGUUCAGACAGUUGUUCGACACUGUGAUGACUUCAGAGACGAGGACAGCUGUUCAAAAAGUCCUCAAAAAAGUAGAAGACGUGCAGAUGAUGUGCUCGAAGAGAAGGGAGGAGCUUCUCUCCCAGACCACCACUUCCCGUCCCGUCCAACACCCGGUCCAACCCGACCUAGUGACCGCUUCGUCCCGUGGGCAGACGACUGUUCCAGAGUACAAUCUCAAAGGCAAGAGUGCUGGGCACCAGCGGAGAGCUGGAAAACAGGGACAGCAGCCUCAGACUGCGGCACCGCAGGUUGAGAAAUCAGCAAGGAUACGCACAGAUGCUGCUUUACCCCAGCCACACCAUAAAGGUCAGGGUCAUGGUGGAAGGUCAAGGUCAAACCAGGGGUCAACCAGUACCAGUAGCAACCUGUCCACCACUGACAGCACUGAUGUUGCACGAACACUGAUGACAUCAUCAGAAGGCCCUGCACACCAGAUUUCUGCAGAAAGGACCCGGAAUUCCGUGGCCUCUGUUUCGACUACCUCGGGAUCGAGCGGUAUAUCUGAGCAGAUGCUGGAAAGCUUGCAUGAGAAGAGACAGCAUGUUAUGAAGGAACUUAUCGACACUGAAAAGACAUACGUUCAACAGCUUCAUGAUAUACUACGUGGCUAUUACUGUGAGAUGGACAAUCGCACUAUGCAACACUUGAUACCUGACGAGCUGGUCAACAACAAGGAUGUGCUGUUUGGAAAUCUAGAACAAAUCUACAAGUUCCAUCAUGAUGAGUUUCUGAAAGAUCUUCAAAGUUGUGCCGAUUGUCCAACAAAGCUGGGAAAAUGUUUCGUGAACAGAAAGGACAUGUUCCAGAUGUACAGCAUAUACUGCCAGAACAAACCCCGUUCCGAGGAGCUGCGUACACAAAUAGGGGACAAUAACCCUUUCUUCAAGGAGUGUCAGAGGAAGCUGGACCACAAACUGCCCCUAGGGGCCUACCUCCUGAAGCCAGUGCAGCGUAUCACCAAAUACCAGCUACUGUUAAAGGAGAUGCUUAAGUACACAAAGGACAACAAAACCUGUCAGGAUCAGCUGGAGGAAGCCCUGAACACCAUGCUGGAGGUGGUACGCAUCGUCAACAACAGCAUGUACCACGUCGCCAUUGUGGGCUUCCCGGGUAACCUAUCAGACCUGGGCAAGCUGUUGAUGCAGGGCAGCUUCAGUGUAUGGACAGAACACAAGCAUGAAAAGAUUCGUGAUAUUCGUUUCAAGGCCAUGCAGCGUCACGUGUUCCUUUACGAGAAGGCCAUCCUGCUGUGCAAACAGAAGGAGGACGCACAUGGGGACAGCAGGGACACGUACUGCUACAAGAACUUGCUACGGUGUAACCAGGUAGGAUUAACAGAGAACAUCAAAGGAGACAAGAAGAAGUUUGAGCUCUGGUUGAGAGGUCGUGAGGAAGUGUACAUUGUACAGGCCAGAAGUCUGGAAGUGAAGGACUACUGGGUGAAAGAAAUCAAAAAGGUCCUCAUGGGACAGUUUGAUGAAAUCAAAUUAAAUAAGCUGAAUCUCAUUCAACACUCGUCGGAGGACCUCACCACCCGGUCAGGCAGCGACAGUGGGAUGGAGAGCUGGCGGAACCGGCAGGGCUCGGGGGGCAACCCGACGUCCACUGUGCCCGUGGGCCUGGCCAUGAUGAGCCCUGAGAGUCCCCCCGAGUCACGGGAGAAUGGAGACAGGUGGUCCGACGUGGAGUACACUGACUCGGAGCCUGAGACUGAGAGGAAGGCCGCGCAGCAUGUGUCACCUUUGGAGCCAACGUACCUACAGCAGUUUGUUGCCAUUGCCGACUACGUUGCCGUUGACGACGUGGAAAUGAGUCUGCAUGAGGGUGAUGUGGUCGAGAUCCUGCGCACAGGUAGCACAGGUUGGUGGCUCGCGCAUCACAUGACCACCAAUGAGGAGGGCUGGGUACCAUCUACCUACCUCGACCCGAUUGCCAACGCAGGGUCAAGAUCGAUGGCCUCGGUUUCCAGUAUAGGUUCUGGAAGUCAGGCGGACCAAACCAGUCAUUCCAGUGGAUAUAGUGCAACCAGUCCAGUGGAUGAAAGCGCCAUUUAAAAGCCACUCAACAAGACUUACAGCAAAUCUUCCAGGUCAUCACAUAAUGCAGCCUCAGUCAUGGAGAGACCUCAUAAAUUGUGAAAAACACAUAUUACAGCCAAUGUUAAGCUUUACAAUGGUUAUUUCCGAACCCUGCUGGCACUAAGCUCUAUGUAGCAUAUUACUCAUGUGUAACCAGUCCAAUUGAUAAGAGCAACAUUUAAGACCCAGUGUAGGUAAAUGCUUCAUUUGGAGCCCUAGGAGCUUAGAUCACAAAAUUGUGCUUGGUAAAAUUGUAUGGUCUGAUAUUGAUGAUUUAUACAGGACAUGUCAUGUCUGGGACAGUGUUUGAUAGAGAGAGUGAAUAUUUGUCAAAGUUCAAGGUCAAAUAUUUGAAGAAUUCUAUCCUGAGUUGUUUGAAAACAGCAUUUUAAUUGCGCAUAAGGUACAGAUCUUUAGAUACCUUGGUUUAAUUGUUGACCAUGGUGAAACACAGUGUUUUGCAGAAAAACCAGUCCACUGACCCAAGGUUGAUUUCAAGAUCAAAGGUCAAGAAAUAAAUACUUAGUCAUGCUUUGCUGUACUGUGUGUGCUAGUAUAUGUUUGAGACUAUGGAAUUCUGCUUUUGAAUUCCAACUUAAAAUAAGUGAAUAUUUUUAAAUGCAAGAUUGCAUUUUUAUAAAUCUAAUAAAAGAUUUGUAGAAUGAUUCACUGUAUAUUUUUAAGUUCAAAUUUAUAAUUCAAAAUGCAUUCAGUUCAAUGUAUUCCAUCUUUUUUAAUACAUUUUGUAAACUUGUAUGUAAAUCCAUCAAAUACAUUCCAAAAAGUAAUCUAAUUUUAGAUUCCAUUAUGUUUUUAAACAAGAUAUAUUUUUAAAUUUCAAACUAUUUUCUUUUUAUGCAUGUUUAAAUUUCAUUCCAGUUCGAAAUAUCAUUCCAGUCUUUAAGAGUAUUUUAAGCAUGCAUGAAAAGAUUGCUUAAACAAAAGGCACUUUAAUAAUUGCUAUAUGAAUGUUAAGGAAUAUUUUAUAAAUUGGUCACAUGUGCAAUAUGUAUACAAAUAUGUACUUGUAAGUGUAAAUAAGUAUUUGUAAUUUUUAAAUCCCGAUUUACAAUUUUAAGAAUUGUUUAUGAAUUGAUUUUCAGCUAACAAUUUUUAUAUUUUUAAAUCCCACAGAGAGUGGGUGGCCUUAUUGCACUUGUUCGUUCACAUGUAUGUCCCAAAGCUUGUGUUUUGAACUCCUGUUUAAAAACUGGGUAGAUCACACUCAAACCUUCACAGUUUAAUGUUUUUAACAUGAAGAUGACUGGUUAAAAAGGAAUUUUACCUUCACUUUAACUGCAGGUUUAAUCUAGCCCAAACUUUCACAUAUGAAUUACCUUCAUGUGUAGAUGAAUGUAAAUAAAGGAAAAAUGACUGCGCCCAGUUUUGAUUGAAUUAUGGCCAUGUUCAUGUACUGAAGAAUAUACAGUGGAUUUGUCUUGUGUCUAUUCAUGUCCUCCUUAAUUCAGCUCAAUUGCAUAGAAAGCCUAAGGCUUAUUUGAAACACUCUUAAGUUAUUUUCCUUGGACUAGAACCAGUACUUGGGUGUCUAUUGGGUACCUCUAAAGAACGCUACCACAGUGGGUAUGGAACCUGUAACCUGCUAGGCGGACACCAUAUCCACUGCCACCUUUUGUCCAUUGUAGUAUAUAAUUGUGGAUUUGUUAGUGUCCAAACAUGUGUCGUUGGGACAUCAGUGUCUGUGAUACAUGUCUAGUUGUAUCUGUUAUGUCUUUAUAAAGUAUGUUUAGUUAAGUAUCUAUAAGUAAAUGGGCCAGGUUUCUAUAUCAAGUGUAUCAAUUGUUGAAAGCAGAGUGUUGUAGUACUAAUACAUUCCUGUGUGAGAUAAAAUCUUGUGCUUUUAACUUUGAUUAGCUCUAGUCAUUUUAUAAGAGUAUCACAAUUUGAAUCUUGUUAAAAUAAUUAUCUAAACUGUAACCAAUUGCACUACCGGUUUGUGUGCAAAUCAAGGAGUUCUAAGGCGUGAAAUUUAUUAUAUUUUAUGUAACCUUUGUCUUCUUUGUAUAUUUGUUAAGGCAUUUAUAAAUCAAUUAUGUAAAACAAGAGGACAAUAUUUGUGCGCUUAACAAUUUGAAAUGUUUCCGGUCUGCUUUAUUUGUUCUAGUUAUUUACAUAAUAUACAUACAUCAGUUCAUAUUUUAUUAAAAUGCAUUCAGUUUAUUGUGGAAAUCCCUCUAUUGAACAUUUGAAAAAGAAAUAGAAGAUUAUAAGUUUUAUCAGUUAAGAAAAAAGACCAAUUACUUUUUUGUAUCACUUUCAUGUAAUAUGGUGGUUUUAUCAGUUUUUUAUUCUCCAGUUAUUUUGAAGUACUAUAGUUUUAUUUAUCUUUGGUGAAAUGAAGUUUGAUGGAUUCAUAAAAUCUUUUAUUUCAUUAUGAUCUUAAAUACAUGUAUUAUUUUUAUUAUCUGAUAUUAAACCUCGUACUUCAAAAUUCAUUGGACAUUUGAUUUCGUGUCAAAGGGGACCCCGGAAAGAAUAAUGUAUGAUGAAUAAUAUUGGUUUUCAUCUGAGUUUAUAUUGUUUGGUCCUGGUCAAAUUAAAUAACAAGAAUUGUCAGGAUUAUAUGAAUUAGGUUUAAGAUUGGUAUUCACUAUAAAAUCUUAAAAUAAGGCAAUACAGACAGGUGUCCUUUACUUUUGUUCAAUUUGUAAUGCACAUUUGUGUAUACAAUAUAUGUUUUUGUUCAUUGUUAAGUCUACUGCCUUUGAUAUAGAAUAUGCAAUACAAAUUUAUGAUAUUGUUAUGGGUAGUGUGAACUUGUAAGUUGUGUAUACUUUUAAAGUUGUUGUUGAUUUUACAAAGUCUAGAUAUAAGAUGAUGAUUUAAGGCAUAUAAGUGAUAACACAGAGUUUGUUGAUGUUGUUGUUGUAAAUGCUGUUGCGUUUAUUUUGUGGAAACAGUGUUGUGACUUAGAAGCUCACACUCAUACUGAAAAAAAUGUGUAUUUCAAAAACUAGUUUUGACUAGGGUCCCCUCACCCCCAACCCGUCACCAAAAUAUACUAAUGUGCACACACAGUACAGUGAUUUAAUUUACACCAGGUCUUCAAGAAAUUGCCAAUGUUUGCAUUAUAAAUUCUAGAAUUUAACUAUUAUUAUGAAAGUUGGUUAGUUGUUUGUCCCUUCGCUGGUAGGGCAGUUGUCAGUUACUGGUAUCAGAUGUGCACUAAGCUAUGGUAACUCAGUAAUCUCACAAAAUAUAAUAUAUAUGCGCAUUGCUAUGUAAAAAGGGUUAAUUUCAUGUGCGUACAGUGCUAUCCCAGAUGAGCCCAUGCAGUCCACACAGUCUAAUCAGGGACGCAGUUUUUCGCUUUUAUGAUAUUUUUUGUCUAAAGCCUCUUAUGAGCAAAAAUCCAGUUAAGGUGGAAAGUGUCAUCCCUGAUAAGCCUGUUUAGACUUCACAGGCUAAUCUGGGACGACACUUUACGGACAUACAUUAAACCCCCUUUUCACAGACCACAGCUCAUAUAGAUUAUUUUUACUGACUUGUCAUUUUACUGACACUUUUUAUUUCCCUUUUUUAAAUAACAUUAAAAAUAAUCAAUUAGUUGUUAAUAACAAUAUCCAGCUGUUAAAGUACUGAACUAUAUAAACUCAAUAUGUGU